GUUUUUUUUUAUUAGUUAAGUAUAUUAUAGUUAGCAGUCAAUAGUGUUUUGUUCAAAGCCAACAAAAAAAAAUGUUUGGAAAACAAUUGGUUAGUUUGCUAACAAUUUUAUUGAUUACAGCAUUUAAUUGCUAUAAUUGUUUAAAAGAUAUACAAAAUGAAUGUCCAGAUCUAUCAUUCAUUAAACGUAGCGAAUGGGGAGCUCACAGAUCACCACUAGCCAUACGGCCGAUGCAACUACCCGUCCGUCAUCUAUUCAUAUUCAACAUUUAUGUGUCGCAAAAGUGUCUGGAUCUACAAUCAUGUAUACUAGCCGUACGUAGGAUUCAGGACAAACAAAAACAAAAGUAUAAUAUAGAUAUUGGCUAUAAUUGGCUGAUUGGCGGCGACGGUCGGGUAUAUCUGGGACGGGAUCAACAAUCAAAGGGUGCGUUGCCAAAGGGUUUGCACAAUCAAUCGCUUUCGAUAGCAUUUAUUGGUCAGUUUGAUAAACAACCGCCCAGUCAGCUGAUGCUGUCAACUGGUCAACGUUUGCUAAAAUGUUUGGACAAAUUGGACGAUCGAUUGGCCAGCGAUUAUCAAUUGCAUGGUGCUCGCGAUCAAAUUUGUACGGAUGGUCCUGGCCAAAAACUAUACGAUCUAAUUAAACAAUGGCCGCGAUUUGUUGGCGGACCAUUGCCCAGCUAUAGGUGCAAUAAUCGUACGGCUAAUGGUACUACUACUACUACUACUAGUGGUGGUGGUGGUGGUGGUGCUAAUGCUACCGCUAUUGACAAUCCUGCUAUAGUUAGCAAUCAACCUGCUAGCAAACCUGAUAUUGAUAGUUACUAUGGCAACUAUGGUGAUGGUCGAUUCGGUGGUGGUAUUAUUUAUGGUGCUGUUGGAGCUGAUCAAAUUGGUCAGUUUAAAGGUCUUGUAGGUGCUCCUCUUGUUGGUUUAGAUCGUGUGUUACCUCCUGCUGGUGCAGCUCCUGGUGGUGCAGCUCCUGGUGGUGCAGCUCCUGCUGGUGCAGCUCCUGGUGGUGCAGCUCCUGGUGGUGCUGCUCCUGUUGGUGCAGCUCCUGCUGGUUCAGCUCCUGCUGGUGCAGCUCCUGGUGGUGCAGCUCCUGGUGGUGCAGCUCCUAGUGGUGCUGCUCCUGUUGGUGCAGCUCCUACUGGUUCAGCUCCUGCUGGUGCAGCUCCUGCUGGUUCAGCUCCUGCUGGUGCAGCUCCUGGUGGUGCAGCUCCUAGUGGUGCUGCUCCUGUUGGUGCAGCUCCUACUGGUUCAGCUCCUGCUGGUGCAGCUCCUGCUGGUUCAGCUCCUGCUGGUGCAGCUCCUGGUGGUGCAGCUCCUAGUGGUGCUGCUCCUGUUGGUGCAGCUCCUACUGGUUCAGCUCCUGCUGGUGCAGCUCCUGCUGGUKCAGCUCCUGCUGGUGCAGCUCCUGGUGGUGCAGCUCCUAGUGGUGCUGCUCCUGUUGGUGCUGCUCCUGUUAGUGCAGCUCCUGCUUCUGCAGCACCUGGUGGUGCAGCUACUGUUGGUGCAGCUCCUGGUGUUGCAGCUCCUGCUGGUGCUUCUCCUGCUCAAAUUGGUAGUCAUUAAUUUAAUAUUAAAUUUAAAAUGAUAUUUAUUUGAUAUGUUAUGUUAAUAAAAA